AUGCUCUAAGAUGGAUCACACAUUUCACAUUUGGUCUUCAGUCCUCCUCCCCUUAAUUGUCUAGCCCCCUUCCCUUCCCCUUCUCUCUUUCUAGCCCCCUUCCCUUCCCCUUCUCUCUUUCAACCCUUUCCUUCCCCUUUUUAAUGGACAAACCAAUAGGACUCUCCUUUGGCAGUGAUUUUACAAGAUCCUUGAUCAUUUCCUAGCCGCCUGGAAUAUUAAACACCACGUGGAAGCACGAUAGUAUAAUCAUGGACCCAUCUAGUGAUCGCCCUCAAAACCACUACUGUGGCGAUGAAUAUCGUUCCAUUUCCAACGGAAAAAGAGUGAUUACUGAGAUGGAUUUCUUUGCUGAUGGGAAUCGUCCCAAGCAAAGACCUGCGCCGGCCGCUAUUGUCAAGAACGAGGCUAUAGGUGAUGGGGUAGAGCAACAGAAUGAAGAUGAUGUAAAUACUGGUUUGAAUCUUCUAACGCGAAACACUGGUACUGAUCAUAAAUCAAUUGUGGAAGAUGGAACAUCUCAAAACAAGGAAGUUUACAAUCAAAGAAAGAAAGAGCUCGAACUUUUGCGGGCUGAAAUAAACCACAUGAACGCAGAGAAUCAGCGUUUGAAAGUCAUAAUUAAUCAGGUGAACAACAACUAUUAUACCCUACAGAUGCACGUUGUUGCACUCAAGCACCAGAUUCAGAAGGCUACACCUGUGAAAAAGGAGGAGGUGAUAAAUAGAAGGCUAGAAGAGAAGCAGCUUGAGGGAUCGAUCAUUACAAGACAGUUUCUGGAUUUAGGUAAAGCUGAGAUGGCUGAAAUAGGUGAAGGUCGUUCACAGUCAAUGUCUGAAGAAAGAUCUGGGGAUUGCUUAAUAUCUCCCAAUAUAGUUGAGUCAAUGGAGUAUAAUAAGUCACAGAUGAUCGGUAGUAGCUCUAUUACUGAAGUUGCUCCUGUACUUGAUCAUCUGAAAAGGAGUGAUGAUGGUGGAAUAAGAGCUUAUAAGACUUCAGAAGAAGCAUUUCAUGGAUCGGUUCCAAACAAAGUCCCCAAGUUUAAUACUUCAAGGGAUGUUGAAGAUGAACAGCAAGCAGGAACCAUGUCCAUGAUUAGAAAAACCCGUGUCGCAGUUCGAGCACGAUCAGAGGCAUCCAUGAUCUCUGAUGGAUGCCAAUGGAGAAAGUAUGGACAAAAAUUGGCUAAGGGUAACCCAUGCCCCCGAGCUUAUUAUCGAUGCACUAUGUCAUCUGGAUGCCCAGUCCGGAAACAGGUACAAAGGUGUGCGGAGGACCAUGCAGUCCUUAUAACAACUUAUGAAGGUCAUCACAACCAUCCACUCCCUCCAGCAGCAACGGGCAUGGCAUCUACUACAUCAGCAGCAGCUUCAAUGCUACUUUCGGGGUCUAUGCCUAGUCCUGACGGGCUAAUGACCACAAAUUUAUUAGCAAAAACUUUACCUUGCCCGCCAGGCUUCGCAACACUUUCAGCUUCAGCUCCAUUUCCUACUGUAACACUGGACUUCACCUACCCUCCCAUUUCCAAUUCCUCACAGAGAAUUCAAGGCCAUUUCCUUCUCCCUUCUGAUCUGAACUUCCCCCACAAUUUUGCGUCUGUGCCAAAUGUUUCUUCGCGAGCCCUAUGCAACCAAUAUAAAGUUUCUGGUCUUUUAAGCCCUCAUCAGGGAAUGGAGCUGCCUCAAAUACCUCCAUCGGCGGACAGUAGUGUUAGUGUAGCAGCGGCUGCUAUCACAGCAGACCCUGACUUCACUGCAGCUCUAGUUGCAGCGAUCAGUUCCAUCAUUGGCAAUGUUCAAGCAAGUAGUAGUGCUAAUAACGGCUCCACUAUAAGGAACAGUAUUGACAACAGCACAUGAAAUGAGAGUAAAAUAUUUGUAUUGAUAUCGACAGUGUAAAGUGCAUUGAGAAAUUUCUUCGUCAAUAUGAAAGGUGUUUAGUCUCAA